AUGAUACUUGCGGCCCCAGCUGAAGGACCUGCGCUUGUCAGCGGACUCAGCAAGCAUUCUACUCCUGACUGCAUUGGUACCUUAUCUUUGGAGAUGCGGGAGGAGCCCUGUAGAACCCCCGGCUGCGGUGAAACCCUAUGGACGGUUGUGCAUCGCUGCUCGGAAUGCGACAAAGUACGCAGCGACCCGUUUGAAAAUUGUCCAAAAUGCCACGUCCCGGCGGUUGACCGCACAUGGCAUGGCCCGGGCUGUUCGGCGGCCACCGCUCAGAUCUUGGUCGGCACCGGGCGGUCGCAAUGCACCAUGUGUCGGGGCAGGGUGAAAUUGGUGAAGCCGAAUAGUGCAGAUGGUUCACAUGAGGACUGGAUGGUAAAAGUUGAAUUUUGUCGCGAAGACAGCCAUUGUAUGCUGCCGACGGAGGGACUCAUGGAGGGACGGUCAGGCCGGUGGAUGAAGCAACGGUCGCCGAGGAAGAAGGCAUGGGGUGAGGAAGCCCGACACCCGGAGCCACAGUCCCGCCACAACCAAGGGCCUCCCCGCUCCACAGCUUCGACAUCCCUACCAGCAUCCCCCCAAAUCCUGUUUGACGAGGGAGACGUCGAGCGACAACUAGCCUGGCAUCAGAACCGACUCCAAUCGAGGCUUGACGCACACCAGAGACGGAUCCUCGCGGACCUCGCUCGAUUCCAUCGCUCCGAUCUCUACAAACUCAGCGCCAUCCGAGUCGUUGGAGGACACCAUACCCGACCCGAGUUCUUAUCGGAGCUGUUUGGACCGCUCCUGGGCGAUGGACAGGAACGAACGCUGCCGGAGAUCUUCAAAUGCUCGGACGAGCUUCAUGACAAACUCGCCAAGCUGGGGAUCUUCUCGCACCUCCAAGUAUCUCUAGCGGCCAGCAAGGACAACCCGUGGGGGAUCGAUGCGCUCGUCAAUGUGGUCGAGCGCGGCCGGUUCUUCCUCAAGACCUCCACCGAUGUAGGGAAUGGCGAGGGCGCCCUGACCGGCCUCGCCCGCGCAAGGAACCUCUGUGGUCGAGCCGAAGUUCUCGAGGCCACCGUCGGACUGGGGAACAAGACCCGGGCGAGCUGCCAGGUUCGGGCCGAGGCUCCUCUCUGGGCUGCAAGAGCACGUGCCGAACUGGCCCUCAACGCUUCCGAACGUGACCUCAGUGGCUUUGCUAGCUGUAGUGAAACAGUUAAAGGAGUGGCUGCUAAACUGAAGACUGAGACUGGCUAUGGUGCUCAUGAGCUAACCUAUGAGUUAGCCACACGAACGAUCGGCAGUCUGCUUCCAGGCGCAUCAGACAGUCGGCCGUCUCAUUGUCCUGGAUUCGAGACACACGAGACCCAAUCGGUAUUUCCUACAAAAGGCUCGUUACUGAAAUUUAUCCAGGAAUAUGCCGGUGUUUUCGGACAAGCAAACUACGUCAAAUCGACCCUCGAAUCCGCCAUCUCGCGUCCGCUUUUUAACACCCCAACGAUUGUUUCGUUAGGCUUUCAAUGCGGAUUCAUUCACCCUUUGGCUGGAGGGCCGGCUCCAUUUAACGACAGAUUUCAGUUAGGUGGACCGACAAAUACCAUACCAAACUUCUUGAGAAGCCAUUCAAAGCCUGAUGCCGCUAGUUGUUUUGGCUGCUCACUUUUAGAUGACUAUAUGGGAGGGGAGAAGUAUUGGGCGGGCGGGCUGAGUGUGUUAGCGCCCGUGCCGGGCAAGGCAGAGUGGCCUCUGAAGCUCCACGGGUUCAUCAAUGCCGGCAGUCUAAUUAACGACUGGCACACACUUCGAUCUCAGAAACCGUCGAUAGGCAUCGGGCUCGGCCUCGUCGGAAGCAUCCAAGACGUCCGUGUGGAGGCUAAUGUCGGGAUGCCGUUGGUCGCUCAGAAGGGCGAUGGGGCCCGGCGUGGCCUGCAAGUCGGCCUCGGAAUCGGCUUCCUCUCUUGA